AUGGAAUCUCAGGACGUGGAAUGUUGUUAUCCAUCGCAUAAUACAUCAUGCACUAAGGAUGUGAGAUCCGGAUCUGAAUAUAUUUUUAUGUACGUUAUUUUCUUGUCAUUGUCGGCUCUGACAGUUUUUUUGAAUCUGCUUGUGAUAAUAUCUGUCUCUCACUUUAAGCAGCUCCACACUCCAACCAAUAUGCUUGUCCUCUCCCUGGCUGUGGCAGAUAUGAUCGUUGGAUUGUUCGCUAUGCCAGUAGAGGGCAUCAGACUAAUUGAAACCUGCUGGUAUUUUGGAGAGAUAUUUUGUUCCAUUUUUCCACUUGUUGUAACUACGGUGGUGUCAGGCUCUCUUGGAAAUUUGAUCUUUAUAUCUAUAGACCGAUAUAUUGCUGUGAGUGAUCCUUUACUGUAUUCCACAAAAGUGACCAUUAAAAGGGUGAUAAUCUGUAUUUCUGUUAUAUGGUUAUAUUCUCUUAUUUAUUCUGUGGCUGUUUUAUCCAAUCAUAUGUUUUACCCAGAGACACGUAAUACCUGUUAUGGAGAGUGUCUGUUUGUCUCAAACUUCACUUGGGCUAUUGUUGACCUUAUCCUUUCAUUAAUUUCCCCCUGUUCAAUUGUAAUAUCAUUAUAUUUGAGAAUAUACUGUGUAGCAAAAUAUCAGGCCCAGGUAAUUAACUCCUCAUUCUCUGUCAUCAUACUGCCCAAUGUGGCCUCCCACUGA